GAAGAGGAAAAUGGAAUAAACAACCCCGCCGCCGCCGGGACCAUUGAGCAGCCUGGCCGAGGCUUCCCUCCUCCUGCUUCGUCUUCCUUGGCGGGCUCGCUCGACCUCCCCUCGAAAGAAGCGCCCACUCCUUCCCUCCGUCGGCGGCCUUCAGGCCGUGACAGCGGCGGCAGUAGUGGCUGCUCCUGCUCCCCGCCUUGCCUCCCCCAUGGUGCCGCGGCCGGCAGCGGCGGUGCCUCCCGAGGCGGCCUCGCUCCUCCUCCUCCUCCUCCUGCUGCUGCUGUAGCGGCCGCCAUGAACAGCGGCGGGCUCCCCUGCUCCUCCUCCUCCUCCUCCUCCCCGGUGGCAGCGGCGGCGGUGGGGCCACCGCCGGGGCCUGGGGUUCCGGUGGUGGUGGCGGCAGUCCCCGGCGGGGUGAAGCUCAAGUUCUGCCGCUACUACGCCAAGGACAAGACGUGCUUCUACGGCGAGGAGUGCCAGUUCCUCCACGAGGAGCCCGGCGGCAGCGGCGCCGCCUCCGCCGCCUGCCCGGGCCCGCCGCCCCCGGGGCCUCGCCGGGGCACGGCGGCGGCGGCGGCGGCGGUUACCCGGGCGGGGAUGGACGGACCCCGGCUGGCCAUUCCAGGAAUAGAUGGAAGUUCUCUAGCUGAAGCUAGUCUUACAGACUCCUACUUCAGUACCAGUUUCAUUGGUGUUAAUGGGUUUGGAAGUCCUGCAGAAGCAAAGUAUCCUAUGAUGCAGAGGAUGACAAAUAGCAGCAGUUCCCCUAGCCUUCUCAAUGACAGUGCCAAGUCGUAUGCAGGCCAUGAUCCUCUAACUUCACCUGCUUCGUCCUUGUUUAAUGACUUUGCUGCUCUCAGCUUAUCUCAAAGGAGAAAGCCAAGAAAGUAUCGACUGGGGAUGCUGGAGGAGAGGAUAGUUCCGGUGGGAUCAAAGGCACGGAAAUCAAAGAAUCCUAUUGGCUGCCUGGCUGACAGGUGUAAAACAGGAGUACCCAUCAAUAUGGUUUGGUGGAACAGAGUCACAGAAAACAAUUUACAGACACCAAAUCCAGCUGCAAGUGAGUUUAUUCCUAAAGGAGGGUCGACCUCCCGACUUGGUAACAUGUCACAGUCAAAUAUAUCUGCCUUCUCUCAAGCCUUGUUCUCUCAUCCUUCCAUGGGAGGUCCUGCAAAUGCUGGACUAGCUCCAGGAAUGUCACUGUCAGCAGGAUCUUCUCCUCUUCAUUCCCCUAAGAUUACUCCUCACACGUCUCCUGCUCCUAGACGAAGAAGUCACACACCAAACCCAGCAAAUUAUAUGGUGCCUACUAGUGCCUCUACGCCUGUGACUAAUGCUGUCUCCCAGCCCCCAGCUACUGGUCAGGUGAUUCAGAAGGAAACUGUGGGAGGCACAACCUAUUUCUAUACUGACACAACUCCAGCACCUCUAACUGGAAUGGUAUUCCCAAACUAUCACAUCUAUCCUCCAACUGCACCUCAUGUUGCUUACAUGCAGCCAAAAGCAAAUGCACCUUCCUUCUUUAUGGCAGAUGAACUUAGACAGGAGCUGAUCAACAGACACUUAAUUACGAUGGCUCAGAUAGACCAAGCAGAUAUGCCUACUGUCCCAACGGAAGUGGACAGCUACCACAGCCUUUUCCCUUUAGAACCACUGCCACCACCCAAUCGGAUACAGAAAACAAGCAACUUUGGGUACAUAACAUCAUGCUACAAAGCUGUAAAUAGCAAAGAUGAUCUGCCAUAUUGCCUUCGGAGGAUACAUGGUUUUCGUCUUGUUAACACAAAGUGCAUGGUGUUGGUUGACAUGUGGAAAAAAAUCCAGCACUCUAAUAUUGUGACGUUGCGAGAAGUAUUCACCACAAAAGCAUUUGGAGAGCAUUCUCUUGUGUUUGCAUAUGAUUUCCAUGCUGGAGGAGAGACUAUGAUGAGCAGACACUUCAAUGAUCCUAGUGCCGAUGCCUAUUUCACAAAAAGAAAGUGGGGUCAACAUGAUGGACCUCUGCCCCGGCAGCAUGCUGGGUUGUUACCUGAAUCCUUGAUUUGGGCUUAUAUUGUGCAGCUCAGCUCUGCAUUGCGGACCAUUCAUACAGCAGGAUUGGCCUGUCGAGUAAUGGACCCCACAAAGAUUCUGGUAACUGGGAAAACAAGGUUGCGAGUAAAUUGUGUUGGAGUCUUUGAUGUGUUAACAUUCGAUAACAGCCAAAACAAUCCCUUGGCGCUAAUGGCCCAAUACCAACAAGCUGACUUAAUUUCCCUAGGGAAGGUUGUGUUGGCUUUGGCUUGCAAUUCCUUGGCAGGAAUUCAGAGGGAGAAUUUACAGAAAGCUAUGGAACUGGUGACAAUCAACUAUUCCUCUGAUUUGAAGAAUCUUAUUUUGUAUUUGCUGACUGACCAAAACAGGCUUCGAAGUGUAAAUGAUAUCAUGCCUAUGAUUGGUGCACGAUUCUACACACAGUUGGAUGCUGCCCAAAUGAGAAAUGAUGUAAUAGAAGAAGACCUUGCAAAGGAAGUUCAGAAUGGAAGAUUAUUUCGGCUUCUUGCAAAAUUGGGAACAAUCAAUGAGAGGCCAGAAUUUCAGAAGGACCCAGCAUGGUCAGAAACUGGAGACAGAUAUCUCCUGAAGCUCUUUAGGGAUCAUCUUUUCCAUCAGGUGACAGAAGCGGGUACUCCCUGGAUAGACCUCAGUCACAUUAUCUCUUGUCUUAACAAGCUGGAUGCUGGUGUGCCAGAAAAAAUAAGCCUCAUUUCCAGAGAUGAGAAGAGUGUGCUUGUGGUAACGUAUAGUGACCUGAAGCGCUGCUUUGAAAACACUUUCCAAGAACUGGUUGCAGCCGCUAACGGGCAGUUGUAGUAUUUGCUGAAAGCAUGCCGGACAUUGCUGAGGAACAUAACCAAUAGCAAAUUGCACUACAGCUGAAUCGUCGUCAUCUCAUUUCACAUUUCGGGAAACAAACAGCAGGAGAUGUUGCACUUCAGUCAGGUACACUGUUACUUGAAGGGAAGAAUGUUUUUUGCUUACCCUUGGACUCUGGCUGCCAUUGGAGGCUUUAUCUGUGAAGAAUUUAUUUUAAAAUAAGGAACACAUCAGGGCAUGAUGUUCCUGCUUUUAUUUUUUUUCCACUCGUAUAUGCACUAAUUUUAAUUUUUUUAAAAGACUUUCUGAACUCUGAUG